UUUUGCUUGCCUGCUAGGAUCGUCAUAAAUUUAAUUUCGAAUUUUCUUGAAAAGUAACUUAGGAUGUAUAUAUAUAUAUAUGUAUGCAAGUUAGGACAAAAACUAACAACAAGAAAAAAAGAAAGAAAGAAAGUGGUGGGGAGAGAUGAAAGGGGUACAGAACAUUUACCACCAUUCUUACACCUUCUCGUUCUUGCUAGUCUUCCUUUUCUUGAAUCUAUUUCAUCCUGCCCUUUCGAUCUAUGUCAACACUUUGUCGUCUUCAGAGUCUCUCACAAUCUCGAGCAAUAGAACACUUGUAUCUCACGGUGGAGUCUUCGAGCUUGGUUUCUUCAAACCCUUGGGACGGUCGCGUUGGUAUCUCGGAAUAUGGUAUAAGAAAGUCUCCCAGAAAACCUACGCAUGGGUCGCCAACAGAGACAGCCCUCUCUCCAAUUCCAUUGGAACCCUCAAAAUCUCUGGCAACAAUCUUGUCCUGCUAGGUCAGUCUAAUAACACUGUUUGGUCGACAAAUCUUACUAGAGAAAAUGUGAGAUCACCAGUGAUAGCAGAGCUUCUUCCCAACGGUAAUUUUGUAAUGAGAUACUCCAGCAACAAAGACUCAAGUGGAUUCUUGUGGCAGAGUUUCGAUUUUCCGACAGAUACUUUACUUCCGGAGAUGAAACUAGGUUACGAUUUCAAAACAGGGCGCAACAGGUUCCUUACAUCAUGGAGAUCCUAUGAUGAUCCGUCAAGCGGGAAAUUCACCUACGAACUGGACAUACAAAGGGGAUUGCCUGAGUUUAUUCUUAUAAAUCGAUUUUUGAAUCAACGUGUUGUAAUGCAAAGGAGCGGUCCUUGGAAUGGAAUCGAGUUUAAUGGCAUACCGGAGGUGCAAGGAUUAAAUUACAUGGUUUACAAUUAUACGGAGAACAGUGAGGAGAUCGCUUACACGUUCCAUAUGACCAACCAAAGCAUCUACUCCAGAUUGACAGUCACUGACUAUGCACUCAAUCGAUACACGCGGAUCCCGCCAUCAUGGGGAUGGAGCAUGUUCUGGAGUUUACCAACGGACGUGUGCGAUUCUCUUUACUUCUGUGGAUCUUAUUCUUACUGUGACCUAAACACGUCACCUUACUGUAACUGUAUUAGAGGGUUCGUUCCCAAGAACCGGCAGCGGUGGGACUUGAGAGACGGAUCACAUGGGUGUGUGAGGAGGACUCAGAUGAGCUGUAGUGGAGAUGGGUUUUUGCGGCUAAACAAUAUGAAGUUGCCGGAUACUAAGACGGCGACUGUGGAUCGGACAACUGAUGUGAAAAAAUGUGAAGAGAAGUGUCUUAGCGAUUGUAACUGUACGUCGUUUGCGACUGCAGAUGUUCGAAACGGCGGAUUGGGUUGUGUGUUUUGGACCGGAGAUCUCGUUGAGAUCCGGAAACAAGCCGUCGUUGGUCAAGAUCUUUACGUCAGAUUGAAUGCUGCUGAUCUAGCCUCGGGUGAGAAGAGAGACCGAACUAAAAAAAUCAUAGGUUGGAGUAUUGGAGUCACCGUUAUGCUUAUUCUGAGUGUUAUCGUGUUCUGCUUUUGGAGGAGAAGACAGAAGCAAGCAAAAGCAGAUGCAACACCUAUUGUGGGAAAUCAAGUUCUAAUGAACGAGGUGGUGUUACCAAGAAAGAAGAUAAAUUUUUCUGGUGAGGACGAAGUAGAAAAUUUGGAACUUUCAUUGGAGUUUGAAGCUGUUGUCACAGCCACCGAACAUUUCUCUGAUUUUAACAAGGUCGGAAAAGGUGGUUUUGGUGUUGUUUACAAGGGAAGGUUAGUUGACGGGCAAGAAAUUGCAGUUAAGAGACUAUCAGAAAUGUCAGCUCAAGGUACCGAUGAGUUCAUGAACGAAGUCAGGCUAAUUGCAAAGCUUCAGCACAAUAAUCUUGUCCGACUUCUUGGCUGUUGUGUUUAUGAGGGCGAGAAGAUCUUAAUUUACGAGUACUUGGAGAAUCUAAGCCUCGACUCUCAUCUCUUUGAUGAAACCAGGAGCUGUAUGUUAAAUUGGCAAAUGAGAUUUGAUAUUAUCAAUGGUAUUGCCCGAGGGCUUCUGUAUCUUCACCAAGAUUCACGGUUUAGAAUCAUCCAUAGGGAUUUGAAAGCAAGCAAUGUCUUGCUUGAUAAAGAUAUGACCCCAAAAAUUUCAGACUUCGGAAUGGCAAGGAUCUUUGGACGGGAUGAGACGGAAGCUGACACGAGGAAGGUGGUCGGAACUUAUGGCUACAUGUCUCCAGAAUAUGCGAUGAACGGGACAUUCUCGAUGAAGUCAGAUGUGUUCAGUUUUGGGGUCUUGCUUCUUGAAAUUAUAAGUGGCAAGAGGAACAAAGGCUUCUGCGACUCGGAUAGUAAUCUUAAUCUUCUCGGAUGUGUGUGGAGGAAUUGGAAAGAAGGUCAAGGUCUAGAGAUAGUAGACAGGGUCAUCAUAGAUUCUUCAUCACCAACGUUCAGGCCACGUGAAAUCUUAAGAUGCUUACAAAUUGGCCUCUUGUGUGUUCAAGAACGUGUAGAGGAUAGACCAAUGAUGUCGUCAGUAGUUUUGAUGCUCGGAAGUGAAACUGCAUUGAUUCCUCAACCUAAACAGCCAGGUUAUUGCGUCAGCCAAAGUUCUCUUGAAACUUAUUCUAGUUGGAGUAAACUGCGUGACGAUGAAAAUUGGACAGUGAACCAAAUCACCAUGUCGAUCAUUGACGCUCGGUAAUAUGAUAGUCUUUGAUAAUAUUCUCAUUAUUAAAGUUUUACUAAAUGGAAAAAAUGAGUUUUAACAAAUUGAGUGACAAUGCGUGCGAAACUCCUCAGUCUCUAUCGAAAUUUUCAUAUAUCCUCUGAUAUUCUCUCGAUCUGGUUUCUUUAUUUCGAGUCAACUCACAGUCAGCAACUGCAGCAACCAUCUCAACACGUCAACACCGGCAAUUCAACGACAACCACAGUACAUAUUUUUUACUCUGUUUUUGUAAGCUCAGGAGCUUGGAAAAAACACACGUUAUUCUCAGUA